AAGACCAAUGAUGGGGUGAGGGGUUCUGUGGUUUGGGGUCCCACCUCAGAACUUGGUAAUAAACUGGAGGCAGAUGGAGGAGGCUGCAAGCAGGCUGCACUGUGAGGGCACUGAGGAGCAUGGGGGGGUGGGUGGGGGUGGGUUCAGGCUCUCACUAAGUUACAGGGAAGAGCUGAGGCGUGCAGCAGCAGGGGCAGCGGAGCAGUGAUUCCACCCCUGCAACUCCGGGAGGGGAGACCCUAAGCUACCCCCAGUCUCCCCAUGACCUCUGGGCCAUAUCAGAUCAUGACCCUCGAGGCCUGAAGAAACUCCAUGGCACAACUCCAGCCUACAGCUUCUACCAGAGAAAAUGUCUGGGUCCCAGUAAAUGCACUCAGUGCACCUGCUUUCCAACUGGCACUUCAUCUCCCUCCUGUGUAGGAAAAGGCAUCACCAGGCUCCUCACCCCCUGCAACAGAAGCUGAGCUGGACAUUCCUAACACAAACUGUUCUUGCAAUAUGACAAAAGGAAGCAAAACAUUAAUGGCAACAUUGCUUACAAGGGGAAACUGGAAGAACUAUUUACAUGUCACUUGAAGGAACAGUAUAAAGCAGUGGAUCUGUAACCAGAGACCCAAUUAUUCAGUGAGAAAUGUAGAUGGGAAGUCCCGAUUACAAAGGUCAACCCAAAUACUAGACAAAAAUCGUGCAGUCAGUCAGUUAGUGGAGCAACCUAACUGCGCUGCAGCGUGGCUCAUUGGUCCCAAUUACAGCGGUUUGCACUAACAAAGGGUGAUCUCUAGGCUGUAAAGCCUAUAAUCUAAUCUAAAAUUCAGUGCGACCAUGAAAAUGGAGGAAAAUGGAGAGGAGAGUAAUGUAAAAUAUGAUUAAGUCUUUGCUAAGAGAAUACAAUCAGCGCACUUACAGACAAGUGGUUGAGCGUUGUGAGCAGGUGGGGCUAGUUCUGGUCUCGCAUGGAGGCUUCAAAUCUUUCUUGCCACUUGUGGAAAGCCCCUCGAUGUAGAGAUGCUGGUUCUCCCUAUCUCUCCUGCCGCUUUCCAAUUUCUCGGGUCAGGGGAUGCUCCCAGCACGGCGAGUCCGACGGUCCCGCCGUGCCAAGCCCUGGAGAGGCUCUGGCGCGCUCCUUGCCAGUCACACGCCAUCUUGUGUGUACCAGGAGCAGCAGGUCUCCGGGAAGGACGGUACCGUCCCGCCUCCGAAACCGGGCUCGGGUAAACGAGCGAUCGGACAGGAGAUGCUGGUAAGGGGCCCGGGGAGGCUGCGGACAGCCCGCUCCAAGUGCACUUCGCUCCCCAGUGAAACCCAGACUUUCUAAAAGGCGAUUCGUGGUUUAGCAAACACAACCGCCUCCUUGCUCCAGGAACGCACAAGCUGCCACUGGGCUCAGGGCAUCCACAGACGGGUCAAGAGCGGCAUCGGGGCGGGGUGUGGGCUGAGGGUUGGGCACUUCGGCAGUUCGUUGCACCACUUUGUCGCUCAGUCUUGCCUCACCCGUGCUCGGAGGCUGCCCAUGAGUGAAGCUGCCCGGGGACCACAACCGUUAUCCAGGUCGGCGAUUUAGCAUUGCAAGCGGCAGUGGCAAGUCUGCUGUUGCAUCGGGAGCUCGCCUUGACACUACAUCUGUCUGGCUACUCGUGGGAAAAUUCUGUCUGUGGCGGGCUCCCAGCUCCCGCUCCCCUCAGGACACUCGCGCAGGGCGGGCCGCCCCGGCGACGGAUGGAGGCUCUUGGCACAUACACCCGCGACAGAUGCUCCUGCCGGAACCGUGCCCGGCCCCUCGCAGUCUCUCCCGUCCCGGACCCAGGCUCCCGGCCCCGCACCUCCCUCAGCCCCGCAGAACGCCGCUUCCCUCGGCUCCGCGCUGCGGGCUGUGCUCCCCGGGACACUCCGCCCGGCCCCGCAACCCGAGCGCGCCCGCCCCGGCAGCGGGAAGCCCCGGCGCGGCCCGGUAGCCGCCGCCACCUCCCCCCGCUGCCAGCGCCGUCCCCAACUCCUCAUUGGCCGCCGCCGCCGGAGGAAGGAUGACGCCCGGUCGGGAGCGGGCGCCGGGGGUAUAAAUGCGGUGCGGGCAGCCGGCGCCGCGCUCCCGCCGCCCCGCCCAGCCAUGCCGCGAGGGUUCCUCGUCAAGCGCAGCCGGCGCCCCGGCGGCUCCUACCGGGCGCGCCCGCGGGAGCGGGACCCAGACCGGGAGCCGCCACCUGCCCCGCCGCCCCCUCUGCCGCCCACCGCCGGGGGCAGCCCCGCCGCCAGGCCUGGGGCGGAGGAGCAGGAGGAGGGCGAGGAGGAGGAAGGCGCUACCGCCGCCGCGUACCCCGCGACGUGGCCCCCCGGCGGUGGCGGCAGCCCUGGUCUGGCCCCGCCAGAGGGACCGGCUGCCUGGGGCACGGCGGGGCCCUGCAGCGCCGCAGGGCCGCGGGCAGCUCUCUUCGAGCGGUGCCUCAGCUCCCCCGCCUCCGCCGAGUCCUUCCCCCUGGCCGCCUCCUUCCCGUCUGCCGAGAAGCUGCUGCUGCAGCCCCGCACGCCUCUGCCCGUCCCGCCGCCGCCGCCGGUGCCCGCGAUGAAGCGGCCGUCUAGGGCCAAGGCGCCGGCCAAGAAGGCCAAGGCCACGCGAAAGCUGAGCUUCGCCGACGAGGUGACCACUUCGCCCGUGCUGGGGCUGCGCAUCAAGGAGGAGGGUCCCGAGGGCAGGCCGGGGCCGCCGACGGGGCGCACGCCGCUGGGCGAGUUCAUCUGCCAGCUGUGCAAGGAGCAGUACGCGGACCCGCUGGCGCUGGCCCAGCACCGCUGCUCCCGCAUCGUGCGCGUCGAGUACCGCUGCCCCGAGUGCCACAAGAUCUUCAGCUGUCCCGCCAACCUGGCCUCGCACCGCCGCUGGCACAAGCCGCGGCCCGGCCCCAGCUCCGACGGCCCCUCCGCCGCCGCCGCCCCGCCGGGCAAGGAGAACAGCCCCGAGCGACGGUCCCGCGGCCCCGCCGCGCCCUCGCCACAGCCGCCGCCGCCGCCGCCCCGUCAGCACCGCGGCGGCGCGGACAGCGCCAGCGGCGCCCAGGUUCCCCCCGGCCCCGCUUCCGGCCCCGUCGGGGAGGUGUUCGCCUGCCCCUGCUGCCAGAAGCGGUUCCGGCGCCAGGCCUACCUCCGCAAGCACCUGGGCACCCACGGGCCGUCGCGGCCCGCAGCCUACGGCCCGCCGGGGCGCGGCCAGGUCGCCUUCGCUUGCCACCUCUGCGGCGCCCGCUUCCCUUCGGCGGAUAUCAGGGACAAGCACCGGCUAUGGCACGCCGUCCGGGAGGAGCUGCUGCUGCCGCCGCCGCCGGCAGGGCCCCCCGAGGGCGGCGCGGUGGGCGGUGAGCGACAGGGCUUCCCCUGCAAGCACUGCCCCGCCACCUUCUUCAGCGCGCCCGGGCUGGCGCGACACGCGAGCAAGUGCCACCCGCCGGAGAGCAGGCAGGUCCUGCUGCUCCAGGUGCCCGUCCGUCCGGGCUGCUAGGAAUGGGGCUGCUCCGGGAGCCCGGGCGGGCCGAGCGAGUCCUGUCCACGCUGUAAUUCCUAUGGAAAGUCACGGCUACGCCGGCCGAGGGGCCACCCAAGGGCUCCUCUCUGCCCUCCCCGGUUGGCGGGUACCGGAGUUCGGCCCCGCGGCAGGAGGCUGAUCCGACAGGCGGCACUGCCGGGGCGGGCGGCAGCGCCCGUGCCGAGCCGCACAGAGGUGGUGGGAGCGCAGCGGGGUCCGUGGGACGCCGGGCAGCCGCAGGGUGGGGGACUGGCGGUGUGGGCACGAACCAGGGCUGGCGGCAGCACGCAAGGGAGCCUGGCCCUGGGAGGCCGGCCAUGCGGGGAGCCAGGCGUCAACUCACUGCGAGUACAUCUUACGUAGCUACCCCUCGGAUAGAAGUUCAGCUGUAUAUAUGGUAUUUAAAGAGAGGAAUUAUUUUUCGUGAGAAAAGGAGCCUAAUCUAGUGACCUUGUUUUAAUAGCCUUAGCCCCUGAGCUUCAGCAUUUAAGUUACUGUGAGGUGUUCUGUUUGCUGUACUCUGUACUAAGAUAGUUGAGAAGGUAAAUGUUCAUAUUAAGUCAAUGUCAAUGUCAAGUCAUACAAUAGCUAGCAAAACGUAUGGAAAAUGAAUUGUGCUGUCUGCUUAAUUAAAGUACGAGGCGUCAAUUUCUAUAGCUAAGUGCACAUCUCCCGCUUGCUCUGUGUUCCUGUGCUCUAGCUAGCGACCGUGUGGUAGGCAAAUGCACAUCGCCGGUAGCUGCCUAUUUCAAAACCCGCUGUCGGUGGCUUGUCAGUGCGACACUGACAAUGGCACAAGGCACAGUUGGGUCUCACCAGGCCCUGCGGCGUGGCAGGCAGAAGGGCCCUGUCUGCAGCUGGCCUUUUUGGGCAACCUCCGACCCCUCUUCCCCGUGAGCUGCUGAAGUGUGGGUGGUGGGCUGCUGUCCGUCUCUCUAACGAGACCUACCUUUAGCAAAGCAACCCGAGGCACGUAUUCCCUGGCUUUGACAGUGCUCUGGCCACAUGCUUUGAAAUACUGUCAGAUUUACCAGCUUUGACAUUUCAGCCGGCAUUUAUUUAUUUACUUAUUAUUUAUUUUUCCACGCAGGAGUGCCUGUUUCUAAAUGUGAUAGCAAGUGAGGCCAAAAGGGCGGGCAAGCAAAAUUCAACAAAGGAUUUAAAACAAAGCUCACCUUUUUCUUGAAUUCAGCAGGGCAAAGUGGGUCAGCUGGUGAUUUCUGAAGAAUCAAACUGAUCCCAGCCAUAGUCUUUGUUCUAUCACUCUGAAAUGAGCAUGCAAAAUAUGUCAAUCUCUUGAUUAGCAUCCUCUAAAGCAGCCAUUGCUGUAGUUUUAUAUUUUGUUACACACGACAAAAGAAUCGUGUAUUUAAACCCAGAUGCUGAAGCAAGUGCUAAGUGCUUCAUUUGAAAUGUGUUUCAUGGACUUUCCUGGUUUAGUUCCAGGACCUGGACAAAUGAAUACAAUAU